AUGUCACAAUACUUUAAAUAUGUCACAGAGAAGGGUAUCGCUAACUUGUCUAAUUAUCAUUAUUCAGGUGUAGAUAAUUCAUUUUGCGGAAAUAAAUUUUUGAAACAUUGGUGGAACUAUUGUGUAGAAUUUACACCAUUAUGGUUAGCCCCAAAUGUUAUAACAAGCGUUGGUUUACUUUGUAAUAUUGGUAUGUUUUUAAUUAUGUAUUUUAAAUGUAGCACAUUAACUGAAGCAGCACCAAGAUGGUGCUAUUUUGCCGUUGCAUUUUUAAUUUUUGCCUAUCAAACAUUAGAUAAUGUCGAUGGUAAACAAGCAAGAAAAACCAAAUCAUCAUCACCAUUGGGAGAGUUAUUUGACCAUGUUUGUGAUGCUUUAAGUGUUUCUAUGUUUGCACUUGUAAUGUCAGCAACAUUAAGAAUUGGCCCAUACUGGGCAUUUUUCACAUUAAUUGUAGGUGUUUGGCCUUUUUAUUUGGCUCAUUGGGAAGAAUAUCACGCUGGUAUUUUAGUUAUGGGUGAGUUUAAUGGCCCAACCGAAGCUCAAGUUUUAUUCAUUAUUAUUGAAAUCAUUACAGGUAUUUUUGGUUCAGAAAUUUGGACUUGGGGCAAUGGAGAAAUUACAGUUGGUAUUGGUUUAACAAUUAUUGUUUCAGUUACUGCUUCAGUUACUUGUUUACAAAACUUUAAUAAUACAUGGAAGUUAGAAAAUAGAAUUCCAUUUUCAAAAUGUUUACUCCAAUUACUACCAAUUGUUACCUUUACAGCCCUCAUUGUAACCUGGGCUUCAGUUUCGAGAAAUACAUUAUUAAAAGAUGAGCCAUAUCUUUUUAUUAUGACUAUUGGUAUUCUUUUUGGUUAUAUUCAAUCAAGAUAUAUUACUCAAAGAGUUUGUCACGAUGAUUGUCCAUAUACUUAUCCAAUUUUUAUUCCAAUGGUAGCAGUAUUACUUAAUUCAAUUAUAGCAAGUUCUGGAACCAUUUUUAUCAAAGAAACUACUGCACUUUGGUUCUUAUUUGCAGUUGCAUGCAUUCAAUUUUUAUUAUUUGCAUAUUUCACCACUCAACAAUUAUGUGAACACUUAAAAAUUAAAGUAUUUACAAUUCCAUACCCAAGCGGCGCAAAUCAACAAGAAUACUCAUCCAUGCUUAUUUCCCAAAUGGAAGAAGGUGAAAGUAAGCUUGGUGAAGAUCAAAUUAGUCAAAGUGACAUCGAAGAAAUUUAAAAAUAACACAAUACCAAUAAUAUUUAUUUAAUUUACUACUUUUUUAUAUUUAAUUAUAUUUAAAAUUUUAUAAUAAAAAAAAAAACAUAAACCAAAACCAACAAAACAUAAUUAUCGAAAUUU